AUGAUUUGGAGAUUGCAAAAGGUGUGCAGUACCAAUGCCUGUAUCGAUGACAAGACACUUCACAGAUGUUUUGGGAUGUUGCUUCUAGGAAGACAAGACUCGCUCCCUCACUUCUUCUCGUCCUUCGGCAGAAUCACUAACCUGCUGCCUCUCGCCCAUCUCCGCGGUGUCGACGAACUAGGGACAAUGGAUCCGGAACUAUUGAAGUAUUACCAGCAGCAAUACUACCCGGGCAUGGGCUUUGCUGGCCCACAACACACACAACACCAUGGGCCCCAGUAUCAAGUCUGGAGUCCAAACAGCUACCAAUGGACGGUUCUUCAACAGCAGAGGGCAGCGAUGAUGGUGGGACCAGGAAGCUUACACCCUUCGAAGCAAACAGAGCCCAAGCCUAGGUUGGCAAAGGACGAGGUCGAGCUACUGGAACGAGAGUUUGCCAAGAACCCGAAGCCAAACACCAGUCUCAAACGUGAGCUGGCUGAACAGAUGGGUGUUGAGGUUCCAAGGAUCAAUAAUUGGUUCCAAAAUCGACGAGCGAAGGAAAAGCAGAUGAGGAAAACAGCCGAGUUUGAAGCACAACAAGCGAGAGAAAGAGCAGAGUCCGAAUCCAAGCCCUCCGACGACCAGGACCAAGGCACCAUCACCGAGUUUUAUGGUCUAAGCAACCGCCAUCAGCCCCUGGGCCUAUCGACCGCUUCCAUCGGGAGCGAGGAUGGCGUCAACAACGACCAGUCUGAUAGGCAGCGCCCAAAUCUCGAGCAGUCAGAUCUGGCUUUGGCUGGAAAUGCGUCGGCGGCGGCUACGCAAAGCAACGCCUCCCCAUCUGGAUCGGAUAGCGAUGGAUUUGCUCCUGCUGACUACAACACGCCACACUCGUCCGGACCCCGUGGAUACGGGCUUGUCAGCCUUGCUACACCAACACCCGUCUCGAAUUCAUACGGCUCAGCUUCGAGCCAUAUGCAGUAUUCACAGCCAGCCCCAUUUCCAUAUGGCCUAAAUGAGCCACCACGACCGGUGGAUGGUCUCCCAAUAGCCACCACCAUGCCACAGCAUAAUGGUCUGCUUGGUGAAGCGAAUCAGUUUGGAUCUUAUACUGAGCGGAGCAUGUUUAUGCACCCUUCCGACGGACCAUUCCCAUCGCAAAUGGGAGGCCAGGAUGGAACCGGAAAUGGCACUGCUGAACAUCCAACGGUCCGUAUGUCGAUCGAGGGUGCGAUCAACUCGGAAAACAUGUCUCCUUCAUCGGGCACUGGUUCGUCUCCAGUGAUAGCGGACCUGCGCCUCAGGUCACCGCCUCCGCCUUCCGACAUUGCCAGCCGCAGAAACCUGCGGCGUCCAGCGCCGCUGGGGCCUCUGUCGCUCCGCACCGAUUGCGUUGGAAACGGACCAAAGACAGGUAUCGACGUUGCGCCCCGACGGAUGGACAACGCACGUACGAUCAGGAGGAUGUCGUCAGCGACCGGAAGCUUGACAGGUCGCAUACAAAAAUCUCUGGCCCUGAACUCAGGAGGACCACGCUCUCCGUUUCCCAUCGAUCGAAAGAAGGAGGCCCUGCUACAGGGCAUUCAGAACGUCCAAUCUCCCCCUAUCAUGGCGUCUCUGAACAGCGCCAUGUCCCCGAUGACCAAUGGUGGUUCAGAUGAUGAGCAGGCGUAUACCUUUGGCUCUUGUGGGGCGGUCAGUGGGAUGUCGUCCCUGCCGCCAUUUAAAUCUGAAGCUGGAAUCAAGACACCGCCUGGGACUCCUGGGCUAGGUGUUCACUUCCGUGAUCCAUUCGCGUACUCUGCCCCGGCUGACAACGCUUGGGGUUACGUGUCUUCGGACGAGCCUCUACCCACCCCUGGUCUAUGCAGCAAUGGGGGCUCUGAGCUGGAUUACUCCAUGGCGCCGCAGCAGCAGUUGUCUGGUUAUGUUACCAGUCAGCCUGUGACCCCUUCAUUUGCCGCCGCCAUCGGACCGACCUAUAACAACGUAUACGGAACCAACGGCGGAACUCAUCUGGCUAGAAAUACCGAGUAUACCUUCCCGGAGUCGUACCAACCCGAAUCUUCGUCACGGUGCUCGCCGGCUGGCCAGUUGAGGGCAAAACAACAACAAUUCCAGUUUGCUCAAAACGUCACGCCGCAAGACUUUAGUCAUGAAAAGUGA